ACUUCAGCUGCCCAUCUGCCAUUCACAAGCACAAGCACAAGCAGCUGGGAUUGAUUUUCAAUCUUUUCUCGGGGAAAAACCAGCCCCCCUCAAUCCCCAAAUGGAGCCAAAGCCAACUCCCUGGCAUUUGGUAAUUCUCCUUGGCCUGACACUCGUGUCCCAUAAUCUAAGCAAUGUGCAAGGCAGAGCACAUUUCCACAAGAAACCUAAAAGCAAAGGAUCCCCUGCUCAUACUCCCACUCCCACUCCAGCUCCAGUUCCGGCCAAUCCAGCCCCGAGCGAGCCCCCUUCCAGCGGCAUUUUCGACGUGACGUGCUUCGGGGCAGUCGGCGAUGGCUCGACUGACGACACGGCCGCCUUUCGGGCGGCGUGGAAGGCGGCCUGCGCCGCAGAGUCCGCCGUGCUUUUGGCUCCUUCCGGCUACAAGUUCAUGAUCACUUCAACCAUCUUCGCUGGCCCUUGUAAGCCGGGACUGGUGUUUCAAGUGGAUGGGGUGUUAAUGCCGCCAAAUGGACCAGAUUGCUGGCCCAAAGCAGAUAGCAAUAAGCAAUGGCUCGUGUUCUACAAGCUUGAUCAGAUGACUUUCAAUGGAACUGGAACCAUUGAAGGCAAUGGGCAACAAUGGUGGGAGCUCCCCUGCAAGCCUCACAGGGGCCCGAAUGGAUCAACCCUACCAGGACCAUGCGACAGCCCAGCAUUAAUUCGCUUCUUUAUGAGCUCGAAUCUGGCCGUCGUCGGAUUACGCAUCCAGAACAGUCCCCAGUUCCACAUGAAAUUCGACGGCUGCUCGGGAGUACUGAUCGAGAGGUUGUCGAUAAGCUCCCCGAAGCUCAGCCCCAACACCGACGGCAUCCACAUAGAGAACACCAAGCAAGUUGGUAUUUACAAUUCCGUCAUCGGCAACGGGGAUGACUGCAUUUCAAUUGGACCCGGCUGCUCAAACGUAGACAUUGAAGGUGUCACCUGCGGGCCUAGUCAUGGGAUCAGCAUUGGAAGCCUCGGGGUGCACAACUCGCAGGCGUGCGUGUCCAACAUAACGGUGCGGAACGCGAUGAUAAAGGACUCCGACAACGGGCUGCGCAUCAAGACGUGGCAGGGCGGGACGGGGUCGGUCUCCGACAUAUACUUCGACAACGUGCAGAUGGAGAACGUGCUCAACUGCAUCAUCAUCGACCAAUACUACUGCCUGACGAAGGCCUGCCGGAACCAGACGGCGGCUGUGUACCUGACCGGCGUGUCCUACCAGAACAUAAAGGGCACGUACGACGUGCGCAGGCCCCCGAUCCAUUUCGCCUGCAGCGACACCGUGCCCUGCACCAACAUAACCAUGUCCGAGGUGGAGCUGCUGCCGCAUGAAGGGGAGCUGGUGGAUGAUCCCUUCUGCUGGAACACGUAUGGGACUCAACAGACUUUAACCAUUCCUCCCAUCGAGUGCUUGCUGGAUGGGGAGCCCCAUACCGCAGUAGAUGUUUCCCAAUAUCAGUGUAAUUGAUAUAUAUAUAUAUAAGGUAUGUACACAUGCAUAGGGGGGAAGUAUAGUAGUUAGUUAAAUAAUAGCGGCCAAUUAUUUUGUGUUGAUUGUUGUUUGGUUUAGGGUUUAGGAAGGCUCCAUCCAUCCCUUUGGGGUUUGGUUUCCCUUAUUGUGUGAUGGGAGUUGCAAGUGGAUUUUGAUGGCAUCGAUUGUUUUGCUGUAAUAGAUUUUGCAGCUUAUUGUGCGUUCUGUUCUGUUCUUUGGGCAUUCAUCAAAUCUUUA